AUGGUUCAAGCUGCAAUCGCGCAUGCCAAUGCAGCUGCAGCUUUAUGUUCUCCAAAUCCAUCUUCUGUUUGUGGGACAGUUUGUUCACCGUCUACACUUGCCUUAUCACCCCAGCAUAGUACACAAGUGUCAUUUUGUCAUACAAGUACAUCGAAUUCAUCGAGUUCAAAUAGUGGAGCUGGAUCAUCUCCAGCUACUGUAUCUGCUUUAUCUCAGAGUGCAAAUCCGCAUAUAAGAAAUAAUACUACUAAUUACUUUUCUAGUCAUCAACCAAAUCAAUCGAAUGUAACAUCGUUUGUUGCACAAUUACAACAGCAUCAACAACAACAAACAUUAGCUGCAGUUCAUCUAAAUCAACAUGUGAAUGCUAAUAAUACACCAAAUUCAACAUUAGGUUUUGCUAAUGUUGUUUCAGCUACAGCUGGUCUACCUCCUCAAAUGGCUGCUGCAGCUAUUGGUCUUCUAGGUGGAUAUAAUUCAUUUAUAAAAGAGUUAACAGGAAGUGAAGGUCAUUUUCAAACUGGUCUACCACCAUAUCAACAGAAUAUUAACUUUUAA